AUGCCCGCUGCCACCCGUGCCGUCCUGCGGCAAUCGCAGUUCCUGACCCGUCGGACCGUGGUCAGACACUCCUCCUCCACCUCGGAGGCCGCCAACAAGGCCGGCCAGACUGCCUCCUCUGCUGCCUCCAAGGCUUCUGAGGGCCUCUCCAAGGCCACCGCCGCUGCCGGUCCCGCCCUCUCCAAUGCCGCUUCGGCCCUCCGGAAGGUCGGCGGUCCCGUCGGCAAGGUCGUCUCGUUCGUCGACUCCAUGAUCCCCCCGACUCUCUACUACUCCCGCGUCGGUCUUGAGCUCGGCAAGCUGGUUUUCCGUGGCCAGAACAUGAACCCCCCCAACAUGGCCACCUUCCAGUCGUACUUCCAGCCCCUGAUCAACGCCGCCAAGAACCCUGCUACCUUCAAGAACCUCAACGUCUCGCCCCAGAACUUCCUGGCCCGCGUCCGUAAUGCCAGCCCCAAGGAGCUGGCCCUCGCCGGUGUCACCGCCGCCGAGGUGAUCGGUUUCUUCACCGUUGGCGAGAUGGUUGGCCGCAUGAACAUUGUCGGCUACCGGGGCGAGCCUGAACACCACCACUAA